CUUGAAAGUAGACUAACUAACCCUGAGUCCGAUAUUUCUCGCACAAUAUAUAAUAGAGUUAAAGAUGUCUCGGACCACCACAACAGCGCCUGACGUAGGCGACGCCGUUUAUCACAAGGCUUCAGGGCGAAAUGGGAUUGUAAAGCGCGUUGGGAAAAAACAUCUUCGCAUCUCGUUCGAAGAUGUUGCAGCAGAGGUCUCAAAAAAUGAAUGGGUUUCAACUGCCGAGCUUGAAAUGGUCGUACGGGAAGUCGUGCGUCGAACUGGAGGUCAACAUGGUGGCGGUGAUGUUGAAUAUGAAGCGGAAGGGGCGAAGUUGAAGAAACGAAAAGUCGAAGCAAGUAGAAGCGUGGAAGAUGAGCAACCAGCAGAGCUUACUACACAGGUGCAAAAAGUGAAAGCGAAAGGUUCGACUUCGAAUUCGAUGAACACGAGGACAAACUUCACGACCUCAACACGACAAAGCAAAAAUAACAACAAGAAUUUUGCUACUUCGAAAGGUAAAGGGAAAGGCAAAACAAGUGUUGCUGAAGUGUGUAAUCAUUGCCGACGUGUCGGGCAUAGUGCGAAGAAUUGUCAGUACGGCUCUGAAUUGUCCGAACGGUUUUUACGCUGUGCCCCUGCGCCAACAUGGAGUACGACAGAGAAAAUCAGUAGUUCAUGCUCUUCAGCUGAAGGUCAAAGUAAUAGUACACAUCAGCUUGUUCAGCACCAUCCUGGCUGCUUUCCCCGUCAAUUCGUGAUCCUGUUACGUCGUGCGAAACCUAAUUUCGAUCUGGAGAAUUUGCGAGACGGUCGUGUGGAUGUUGGCGUCAGUUCAGUUGCAGCAGCCCUGUUCCGGUCACAGUCAUUGAGACAAAAUACCACCAUUUCUCUAGUAAUGACAGGGACUGAUCAACAACAGAUGAGACCACAGCAGGUAGGAGGACAUGUCACAACACCAGAUGAGACCCUAAACCCAGCAAGGACUGUCACCUUUUAUGGAGCGCUCGUUCGAGACCUGAAAUGCGAUGACAAGUCACUGGCAGAGCGUUUACAUCUGGUUUCCGCAGAAACCGCAGAAAGCGCUAGGAUCCGACAAGAAACAGAAAAACGAGACCGCGUCGCUUGGUCGAAGAGUGCGUUUCGAGGUAUCAUAGGGCUUGAACAAGAAGAAGAUGCGGAUGCGGAUGUCGUUGAAGAUGCGGAUGUCAACAAUCGUC